AUGGAUCAGGCAGUUGUGGAGCGCGACUGGAAGUUCAGCUCAUGCGCCAGGUUCAUCCAGCUUCUCACCAGGGAACUCGGUAUACUCAAGGCGGAUCUCCAUCACCUCUCCCCUGCUUCCGAGAGCACUGUUCCGCACCAGAGUUUCCUGGAGAGCUCUGCUCCACCCCAGGACCUCCAGGAGCUCUCUGCCCUGCUCCAGGCCCUUCAGGACGGCUCUGCUCCGCCCCAGGUCCUCCAGGGGAUCUCCACCCUGCUCCAGGUCCUCCAGGAUGGGUCCGCUCCACCCCAGGACCUCCAGGAGCUCUCUGCCCUGCUCCAGGCCCUUCAGGACGGCUCUGCUCCGCCCCAGGUCCUCCAGGAGAGCUCAGCUCUGCUCCAGUUCUCCACAGAGAGCUCAGCUCUGUCCAGGUCCUCCAGGAGAGCUCAGCUCCAUUCCAGGUCCUCCAGUAGAGCUCAGCUCUGCUCCAGGUCCUCCAGGAGAGCUUCUUUCCGCUCCAGUGUCCUGAGGAGAGCUCCUCUCUGCUCCAGUGUCCCGAGGAGAGCUCCUCUCCGCUCCAGUGUUCGCCGAGGGCUUCGCUCCGCUCCUGGUCUUCAAGUGGGGCUGCGCUCUGUUCCCGGGACCCCGCUGUGGCCGUUGUCCCAUUCCAGCUCUCCGCGGGGGGAGUCGUUCUGCCUCGGGUCUUUCCCAGCUUUCCUCGGUCUAAACUACAUUUCGCAUGCCCAGAGAAAUAUCCACAUUCAUGCACUCAGAAAGGAGCUGCGGGGGUUCACCUCACCUCAGCCUUCAGUGUUUCCAGUGGAAACUGCCCCGACCUGGGGUAACGUCACGUCAGGGGGAGGACUGGUGAUGCCUGAAACAAUACAAAGCAAGGUGUAUGUACUGGUGCUUAUCAUCUGCUGACAUCCGACCCUGUUCGAGGUGUUGAUAUUUACACAUAAAAGGGAGCAAAAAUGUAUACAAAUUUGCGGACUGCUUUGUGAAUGUCUUACUCUUCUAGUGACUGAAGCUGGAGCAGAAAUGAGCUUUUCACAGCUGAAAUGAUCAAAUCAUAGCUGAGGUCCACCAUGUCACCAGAGCACCUCAGUAGCCUUGCUGUCAUUAAUAACAAUCAAGCAGUUUCUGGUCAGAUUUCCCACAAUUAUAUAAUUAAUGACUUUCAAGGAAUCAAGGAAAGAAAGAAAGGUCAGGUUUUAUGGAAGUUAAUUUGUAGUGAAAAAUGUAUUUGGUUAGUUUGUUGUGUGAAGUGGUAAUUUAUUUGUAAUGUUACAAAUUUUUUAUUAAAGAUAAAGUAAGUGCA